GACGCCAACGCCGCGGACUCGGACGGAUGGAACCCCCUGUACUAUGCGGCUUACUUUGACCAGCUGGACAUCAUGCGCCUGCUACUGGAGGCCGGUGCAGAUCCAAACGUCACCGAGACGCGGAUCGGGGAGACGCCGCUGAUGAAGGCGGUGAGUAAGGGCGAGGGGGCGAUGGUGCGGAUGCUGCUCUCACACGGAGCCGACCCCAACGUCGCCGAGACGAAGAGGGGAGAGACGCCGCUGAUAAUGGCGGUGCUUAUGGGUAAGGAGGCGGUGGUGCAGAUGCUC